ACCAUCAGAUAGCAGACCAGGUCGGGCUCUGCACACCAUCUUCGAAUAUACAGUCAUACACAACACAUAGAAUACAAUGUCGUCCAACACGGACCAACAGCACACCGGCGAUGACAGCGGAAGUCCGAGCACUGCAACUGAUCCUCCCCAAGAGCAUGGGGAGCAAACCCAACCAGCUCCAAGCCAGCCAGAUGCUCAAAAACCUUCCGGCGACGCUCCUCAGUUCCCCUUCAGGCCCAGGGGCCCUCCCAAAAAACCUGUUGUGAAGGGUAAGAAGAAGGAACCGGAGGAAGAGGAAGAGGGAGCUGAAUAAACAGCUCCAACGGAAGAGUGAAGAAGCAAGAACGUCCCAAACAGCUGUCUUUUCUUGUGUAUUAGGAUCCAGGUUUUCGAUUUCCGACUGCCCGCGAGUUGUACUACGACUGUACCAGACCACUAGCCAGACUCUAGUGCUUCACGCUAUUCGCUUUCCCCUGCUAUUGAUGCCGCCCC